ACCCGGAAGUCUUUGUACACUUCGAGAUGGCGGCAAACGAGGGGAAUCACAAGCGGCCGCUAGAAGAGGAAGAUCCCAUCGUGUCUCUGGCCGAUGUUCUGGAAGAGGAUGAGGAGCUGGAGAAUGAAGCCUGCGCCGUUUUAGGCGGCAGCGACUCCGAUAGAUGUUCCUACUCGGACGGCUAUGUGAAGAGACAGGCAUUGUAUGCUUGUAAUACUUGUACACCAAAGGGAGGACAGCCUGCUGGCAUUUGUCUAGCCUGUAGCUACAAGUGUCAUGAAGGCCAUGAGUUGUUUGAAUUGUACACUAAAAGAAAUUUUCGUUGCGAUUGUGGGAACAGCAAAUUUAACAAUCUGCAGUGCAAGUUUUUCUCGGAAAAAGACAAAGCAAAUUAUGGCAAUAAAUAUAAUGAUAAUUUCUUUGGACUGUACUGUACCUGUAAGAGGCCUUACCCAGAUCCUGAGGAUGAGACACCUGAUGAAAUGAUUCAAUGUGUUGUGUGUGAAGACUGGUUUCAUGGAAGGCAUCUUGGUGCCACUCUGCCAGAUAAUGAGGAUUAUCAGGAAAUGGUCUGUCGGAGCUGUAUGAAGAGAUGUUCGUUUCUUUGGGCCUAUGCAACCCAUGUGACAGUGACCAAAUCAUCAGACAUUGAUAACAGUGGAUCGUUGACCAAAGUGGAAGAUGGCACUGUUGAUGUGUGCUCGAUACAGGAGAAUGGCGAUGUACAUAAUCAGAAUGCAAUGACUUUUGAAACAAAAUGUGACGAAACUGCAGCCAAACACAAUGAGCCCUCCACAAGCUAUAAAGUAGAAGAAAAGCCUGAGGGAGCCAGUGGUGAUGAUGCUGGUUGCAGCGUGAAGGAGGAGGAUGUUCUUGAGAAUACAGUUUGCAAACUGCAGCAGGUGAAGAAAAAAGGUGAAUUGCAGCGAGACUGUGCCACCUACUGGCCUCAUAACUGGCGUAACAAGCUGUGUACCUGCCAGUCCUGCUUGAACCUGUAUAAUGAACUGGAAAUCUCCUUUCUGUUGGAUGAAUUUGACACUGUGCUGGCCUAUGAAACUAAAGGCAAAACAGUUGAAGAGACUGAACGAGAAAAAUGUGAUCCAUUGAUGACUGCUCUGAGCAACAUGAAUAGAAUCCAACAAGUUGAACUCAUUUAUGAAUACAAUGAUUUAAAGACUGAACUGAAAGAUUAUCUGAAAAGGUUUGCAGAUGAGGGAAAGGUGGUCACAAGUGAAGAUAUACAGCAUUUCUUUGAAGAACUGCAGUCAAAGAAGCGACGGCGGGUGGACGGAAUGCAGUAUUUUUGCAGUUAAAGCAGAAAUCAUCAAUUGCUCAGACUUGUUUUUUUCAACAGUAGCAAUUAAAAUUAGUUGACCCUGUUUUUCUUUUGCCCAUGUUUCAUGAGGUUCACUAAGGCAGAGAAACUUAAUGUGCAGCAGCAUUUGUAGAGAAUUCAACACUAGUGCACAUUUUGUAGUGAGGAAUAUCCAACUCUGCAUAACUGGAUUUUCUAAUUGAAAUUAAUGGCUUCUACAAUGUAUGCAUUGUGGUUUUAAACUUUUUAAAACAGUAAUGCCCAUAAUAAACAUUUGGACAGUUUAGGACAUGACUGAGUCAUUCCUUGGGUUAUCUGUACUCCCUCCUAAUUAGCUAGGUAACUCUUGUCAACUUUGACAGCUGCAGCAUAAUAGAUGUUGAAUAUAAAAUGAUAUGCAAGCCUCAACUUACCUAAUUUUGUCCAAUGCCUCCAAUGUUGCUGGGAGGAGGGAUGAUUCAGCAGGCUAAGACCUAAAUGUGCAUAAUUUAGAAAUUGAAAAAAUUGUUAAUAUUAGAUAGGACCUUUUGAGUGCACUGGUGGUGUAAGCAAAUCCAGCAGCCAAAAGAUUGUCACGAAGCAGACACAAUCCUUCUGGUUUGGGAAGAUAGCAAGUGCUUUAAUGUCAAGGAUCCCUUGGUCCAGAUAAUAUUUCAAUGUGACUUUUAAAAUAAACUAAUGCCAAUAUUCCAUUCUAUGUGCUUUAUCAAGUUACAAAGGAGUAUGUCAAGAUAUACUACUGCCUGUGGACAAAACCAACACUGAUGUCAGGUGGAAAUCUGGAUCUUCACUUAGUCGUCAUCACCUGAACAAUUUUGUAUUUAAGCUAAAACAAUGUUCUAUUAAGUGCUUAGUUUAAAUGCAUUUUGUUUCUACAGUCUGUGCAGGUUAUAACUGAAACAUGGACUUGGGUUUUUUUGCAUUGUCUAAUGGCUUUGCUUCAAUAAACACUUUAAACAUUUUAA